ACAAGUGCCAGUUUGCUUAAGAGACAUUCUAGUUAUAGUCCUUGCUGUAGUUAAGGUAGGCAAGCAACCCAUUAGGAUGUUCUUUGCUUACUUAGAUCAAUAAUUCAGUCCUAAAAGUAAAGUUUUACUCUUCUCGCUCUGUACUCCAGUACAAUGGUAUUGAAAUGAAACAAUGACUACGAGGUUAAAGUGCGAACUGUGAGCUUUCAUUUGAGGGUAUUCCAAUCCAUAAAUUGUAAAUGUGCAUGAAUUAAAGCCCUUUUCAUUUAUAGUUCUUCCUAUUUUAUGGGAUGAAAAGUAAUUGGACAAAUUUACAUAAUCUUGAAUAAAGUCAUCUUUAGUAUUUGGUUGAAGAUUAUUUGCAUUGCAUGACUGCCUGACAUCUGCUACACACAGACAUCACCAGACAUUGGGUAUAUUCCUUGGUCAUUCUCUGCCAGUCCUGUACUGCAACCUUCCUCAGAUACAGUUUGUUUCAGUUCAUUUUUGCCUUUUGCCAUGAUUUUAGAAAGUGAAACUAAUGCUCAAUUGGAUUCAGAUCGGAUGUUUGAGUUGGCCAGUCUAGAAAAUUACAGUUUUAAGCACAAAAGAAACAACUUGGUUGUUUUAGCAAUGUUUGGGUCAUUAUCCUGCUGCAGGAGAAGUGACGUCCAGUUUUACGCAUUCACUUGUAUCUGAGCAGACAUGAUAUUUCUGUAAUACAGAAUUCAACCAUCUUCAACCAUCAGCAGUUACCUCAUCACUGAAAAAAAACAUUAUAUACAGAUAAGUACAGGAACAUGUAAAAGAUAUAGAAGACCAGCCGGCCUAAUUCAAAUACAAACUUCUGCCAGAGACCGCAGCUUAAACUGAUCGACGACCGAGUCCACAACAUUUACUACGCUGGAGUAUUAUGAGUUGCAUUGCAUUUUUCUCGAAAGGUCAGAGGCUAUGAAUACCACAUCUGUAAAGCUGAAUUACAACUUUACCACCACAACUGGUCAACCAAGUUAUGAAGAUGGGAAUAGGAAGGUGUUUCUUUUUCUGUACAUGACCAUUAUAAUCAUUGGGAUUCCCUUUAACUUCUUCUCCCUCUACGUGUCCUGGAAGCACAUCAGACAAAGGAAUGACCUGGGUGUGUAUCUGUUUAACCUGGCCCUGUCUGACCUUCUAUCCACUGCAGGCCUGGCCCUGUUGGUGGAGUUUAUGUUUCAAGGUGUCUGGCGUCACGGAGAAGCCAUGUGUCUACUCUCUGUUAUCCUCCUCUACACUAACUUCUACACCAGCGAUGGGCUGCUUUGCUGUAUCGCCAUGAACCGUUACCUAGCUGUGGUCCAUCCGCUAAAGUACGGCACCCUGAGGAGGGUAGACACGGCCGUGGGGAUCAGCAUGGUUAUCUGGGUGCUGGUGGUCUCUCUUAACACUGCUACUGUCAUCUGGGUCAAGUCAGACAAAAGCCAGGAGGAUAUUUGUUUUCAGUUGCUUGAGACAAAGAAGCUUAAACAGGUCAGUGUGACUCGUUUCGUUCUGGGUUUCCUGUUUCCCAUUCUGAUGGUGUCGUUCUGCUGCCGGGGAAUCUGCAUAGCGGUCCGCUCUAACCGGGCCACCGAAGAGCAGGAGAGGAGACGGGUAUCCCGGCUCCUUAGGGUGGUACUGCUGACCCUGGGGCUUUGCUUCGGACCCAUCCACAUUAUCAUGCUCCUGUGUAGUUUUUGUACAGGCUGUGGGAUCCCCUGUCAUCUGAUGUACAAUGUCAGUUUGACUAUGUCAGCUCUCAACAUCCUGGCUGACCCAUUCCUCUACUGUUUCGUCACCAGACUGGGCAAGGCACACGUUACACAAGUGGUGCACUUCCUCAAGCGGACAAAAGAAGAGAAGAAUCAGGAGUCAGUGAGGUUUGAUUCUUUUCAACCUCCAACCAGUUUCCUGGGGCCAGAAUAAAAUGAUGGAUUUUUAUCUCUCCUUGUAACACCUUUUUUCUGUCAUGCUGUUUUGUCUUGCCGUUCAUACGUUCAUGUACAGACUAAUGUUUCAGAAGUGACCAACUUUAUUAAUAACACAAAUAAUAGACCUUGACCAUUUCACUCAUUUAACAUUUGUAUUAUAACUCUCUAACUUCAUGCUGUCCCAGGGGUUUUGCUUUGUUAUAUAUAAUGUACGACAGUAGAGCAGCAUGUAAACAGAGAUAUGGUAGAACAUCAUGUAGGCAGUAUUGGUAAGGCAUUGGGAUGUCUAUUUAUAUGUAUUUGGCACCCUCUUUUGCUCUACUGUAUAUCUGCAGCCACUACUUACAGGUACAGUAGAGCUUGUAAACCAGAGGCCGGUUCUCUUGCUUUAUCCUCUACUAACAAUAUGGGACUGAUUCAGACCUGAGAUGCCAGGUGAAGGCAAUCAACUAGCAGGUAGAACCAAAAACCAGAAGUGUUUCGGCCCUCCAGGACCGGAUUUGAAUAGCCCUGCUGUAAACUGUCUGCUCCUAUCCAGCCACCGAGGAGCAGGAGAAGAGACAGGUAUGGCCACUCCUUGGGGUGGAACUGCUGACUCUGGGGCUUUACUUCGGACCCAUCCACAUUAUCAUGCUGUUGAACAGUUUUUGUGCUGUGAGAGCUGUGGGAGCUGUGAGAGCUGUAGGAGCUGUGAGAGCUGUAGGAGCUGUGAGAGCUGUAGGAGC